GGGUCGGGGCGUUGGCCGUGGUGGGGUGCGGGUGCUGCUCCGGGAAGGGCCGGGGAGGUGAGACGCUUAGAAAGGGUGGUUGGUGCUGGGGGAGUGUCUGCAGGACGAGCACUACGAUUUCCUGUUCAAGCUGGUGCUGGGGGGAGAAGAGAGCGUGGGCAAGACGUGCGUGGUGCAGCGCUUCAAGACCGGCGUCUUCUCCGCGCGCCAGGGCAGCACCAUUGGCGUCGACUUCACCAUGAAGACGCUGGAGAUCCAGGGCAAGCGGGUCAAGCUACAGAUUUGGGACACGGCUGGCCAGGAGAGGUUCCGGACCAUCACCCAGAGCUACUACCGUAGUGCCAAUGGGGCCAUCCUUGCAUACGACAUCACCAAGAGGAGCACCUUCCUGUCAGUGCCUCACUGGAUUGAGGACGUGAGGAAGUAUGCGGGCUCCAACAUUGUACAGCUGCUGAUUGGGAACAAGUCAGACCUUGCCGAUUUCCGGGAGGUCCCUCUGACUGAGGCACAGAGCCUGGCUGAGCACUAUGACAUCCUCUGUGCCAUCGAGACCUCUGCCAAGGACUCCAGCAAUGUGGAGGAGGCCUUCACCAGAGUGGCCACUGAACUCAUCAUGAGGCACGGAGGCCCCCUGUUCAGUGAGAAGAGCACCGACCACAUCCAGCUGGACAGCAAGGACGUUACUGAGAGCUGGGGCUGUGGGUGCUGACUGGGGGGUGGGGACAGGAGAGGCAGACCAAGCCUUCCCACCUCCUUUGUCUGCAGCCUGUCAAGCCCCACCAUUCAGAGCUAGCCCUCCAGGGCACUGGCUUCUCUAGAGGGAUUCUGCACCCCUGGCCUGGAUGCUGGGUAGAAAGGGAGAAGAAGAAGCAGGGUUGUCCUGUGCAGAAGGCCAUUGGCCAGGGCAGGUUGUGGACCAUCCUGCCAGCCAGCAUCUGCUCCCUCCGUGUUCUUCACAUUCCAGGACUAGCCUGAGCCUUCCAGCAUAGACUACGGUGGGAAAGGGCCCGGCCGUGCUGCCCAGCCCCCACGUGCUGGUCUUACCUUCUCCUGCCUUGACUGCUGCUCUCCAGGGAUGUACCCCAGGUUCCUCCAGGUCAUUCUCUGGCCUCCAACCACAGUGUAAAAAGCACAUUAGGCCAGCGGACUGGUGCCGAGCCUUGUCCCUGGGAAGCCUGAGCUCAUCAGGAGGAGGCAGUGCCCUCCCCUCACUGCCAGCUUGGAGCUCUUAUACGGCUCCCUGGACCUGGCUUGCUCGCUGCCUUACCAAGACCUCUUGAGUUUUUCUGCUUUUUCAUGUAGCAUCUCAUUUUCACUGACACAAGUGUAGGGUCAUGGCCAGAGGCCAGCUGGGGACUGUCUGCUGGCUUGAGGCCCAACAUUUUGCCAGUCAGGUUGCCAAAGCAGCUAAUCUUUCGGUGUGGUGGAGGGUUGAGAUAGGAAAGUGAACAUUUAAGGAGAAGGAAGCAGCUUGUGACGCUGUGUGUGUGUGUUUGGGGGGGGGGGGGUGGAGCACAAGGCUGAGCUCACACAAGGCCCUGGGUUCAGUCCUCAGAACUACAAAUGACAACAAAACAGCUUCUUUCUGCCGUGUCCCAGAAGUGGAGGGCCCUGUGGAUGCCAGCCUUUCGCCAUGUGGAGGAACCUUCCCUGCCACAGUUCAGAGCUUCCAGUUCCCCACAGUCCCAGCCUAGCUUAUAGUUUCAAAGCAAAACAGACAAGUACUUGGUGGCCUGAGUCCUGGCCAUCUUGUACUCACUGGUCCCUUGCCUCUCUUAACAUGUACUUCCUGCUGGGGUCAGAAGGAAAAGUGGGGUUCUUAGGAGGCAGGUCUGUGCUUUGGUGGGCUCAGGGAUCAAAGCAAUUAGGUUCAGGGAUUGAGCCAGGGGAUGUUCCUGAGAUAGUUUUGUCCUUUCUGUGCCCUUCUACCACCUCAUACAUCCACACAGUAAACUGCUUUUAGACCCACAAGGAAGGCCACAGCAGCCAUGGGGCCCCAGCCACUGGGUCAGGCUCAGUCCAAUCUAAUCACUGAUCAGGGUUUGUUCCCUGCAUCUCCCUUCCUGCUGGCAUCCCACCCUUGCCUUGCAUUUCAAACAUUCUGGUCUGUCAGCCCCUUUUCCUAGGUAUAUCUGGCCACAGGGCCAGGAGCAGGGCUUUGCAACAACUCUAUAGCAGCCUUGGGAGACAGAACUGUGGUGAACUAAAUAAACAGGGCUAGACCCACUGACCCCCUUAAGGUAGGCAGCAGCCUGUGGAUUAGCUGAGCCUGGUUCUUGUGGGGUGGAAGGUUUCCUAAGUGAACCAGAGCCUGCUCUUAGUGCUUCUCUGGUGGGGAUCACUGUGGCUGUACUGGGCAGGAGCUGCAAGUAGCCAUAGCAUCAGGAAGAUGGAGAACCACUGCCAUAAGGUCUAACCUGGAAUGGAUAGAACUGAAUAAGCCCUAAUUGGUCCAGGGAGCCUUCUUCGCUGGUGGCCUCAUGGCUGACCCAGCAACCAGGAAGAUGAUUUCUUUUUCCAUUCACAGGAAGAUCACCUCACUUCCCUUUCACAAUCUCGAGGUGCUGAGGCCCUGCCCUGUGCCCUUUAGCAGGAGCAGCCCUGCUCUAAGAGUUUAGCCCAGACACCAAAGUCUCCUCGAGCCCUGCACUACCCCCCCUGCCCUGGUAUCCACUCUGUGCUCUCACUCUCUGGGUUCCAGGUCCACUGCCAGGUGCAGGUCUGGAAGGCCAGGCCCAGGGCUCUCACCCAGUGUGAAUGACCGUGGCCUCCACAGCCUGCCCACCUCUCUACUCACAUGUCUGGGGCCAAUGUGACCCUCCUCUUCCAAAUCUCUCUGCCAACCUGCCUUCUUAUCGACAGCACAGAAUCCCACAAGUGACCCAGAGGACAUUUCUGAGGGGAGAUGGCCCCUCCCCAGCCACAGGCCUUAUCUUCGGUAUCCUGGCAAGGAUGAGUUCUUCCCUUGACCCCUCAGUGGCCUGGGAGGGCACUGAAUCCUGGACUGAAGCUGGCUCCUACAGAGAAGCUGCUGCUGUCCCUUCAGACAGUAGUGCUGAGCUCUGGUCCUCUGCUGAGGCACCUGCCCCACUGCAGUGCACAGAGAGACGUCUGGGCCUUUGUCAGAAGGAGCACCGGGCUUGAGGACCAGAAAACAGGCAAGCGUGCAAGUCAGGAAACAAAACCAGCUGCUUUCCUUCCCCCUGGGCAGGCUUGGCUGGCUGCCAGCAGCCCAGGGCCUCUGGGGCAACAGGAGUUUAAUCUUUUCCCUUGUUUAAAAGUUACUAAACAGCAGGAACAGGUGGAGGCUGUAUGCUAGGGAGGGCAAGGAAGUACCCACAGAAAGGCUGGGCAGGGCCAGGGUGACUGCAGCAGGAGAGUGAAGGGCUAAGGUCUUGCCCACUAAGGUACCAAGAAGGAACUCAUGUCCCUUUGAGUGGAAGUCUGUCCCCAAGGACACAGGCCCCAACUAGGGGGGAAUCUACAGGGAGCCCCUGGUUCACAUUGAAUUGGUUGCCCUGUCCCAGGUUGCUGCCAGUGGUGGGCCGCUAGCCAAAUGCACCCCAGCAGGGCCUGGACGGGCAGAACUGCCAGCCCAAGGGUUCCAUGUGCAUUGGGGAAAUUUUCACAUUACCUAUUUAUGAACAUGUAAGUCUUUCUAUCAAAUCUAUUUUUGAAAAAUGAAAAGUUGCCUUUCUGGAUAUGUCACAGAGCCAGUGUACAAUUCAAACAUUAAACAUUUCUGUACUGAG